GACGACAGAAUGCUUUCGAUUACUAAGAAAAAAAAACGGAGGAUAUUGGCCCCUCCUGUUCAACGGAGCGUAACGAAGUCUCGUUUCCGACACGGUUCAAUGGACAAGAAACAGACACAAAUUUGAAAUGGCGCCCAGUGUAAAUUAGCUGCAGUGUUUUACUUGGGCAAGAUUCUGAAUGUCCGCGCACACAUAAAGCGGAAGUAGGCGACGGAUCAAGGGCCCUAAUCCUCUCCAGUCACUUCUGCCCAGGGAUAAAGUGAUGUAAGGGGAGGUAAGAGAUGGUGACAUGCCGUGUAACGACACUUAAGAGUUGGAUUGUGGCUUCCUGUCUGGUCGGACUAUUUUGUCGCGGACCUGUUAGUGGAGAUGGCGGCGAUGACUGGAACUAUGAUACAUCAUCACACGAAGGUCCCAACUAUUGGUACGUCAAUUACCCCAGCUGCGGGGCAAACAGACAGUCCCCUAUCAACAUCGACACCCGUUCUGCAUGGUACGACCCCAAGCUGACCGCCUUGGACAUGAGCGAUUAUGACGUCACGGCGGAUGUCAAAAUGACCUUGAUAAACAGGCAUGGGCAUACAGCGGAAGUUUUUUACAAAGGGAAAUCACUCUAUCUCAGAGGAGGUGGUCUCCCUGGAGACUAUGAAUUGGACCAGCUUCACUUUCACUGGGGACCAAGACAGAAGAAUGGGUCCGAGCACAAACUUAAUUGGUCUCAUUACCCCAUGGAGUUGCAUAUUGUGCAUCACAAGAAAGAAAUAGAGAGUGUGGACAAAGCGGCCAGUAAACCUCAAGGUUUAUCAGUCUACGCUGUCUUAUUUAAGCUCAGCGAAGAAGACAACCCAAAGCUAAAUAAAAUGUUGAACUACUUUGAUGGCAUUAUAGAAUCAGACAAGGAAACGCAAAUCCCCACAUUUUCUCUCAAGGAAUUUCUCCCGGCGACAGCGGACAAACUUUUUUACCGCUAUGAUGGUAGUCUGACGUCACCACCGUGUUACGAGUCCGUCAUCUGGACAAUUGCAGCCGACUUUGUUCCAGUUUCAGAAAAACAACUAAACAGGUUUCGAGAGCUUCAUGACCUGGAAGAUGGACCGCUACUUGACACUCACCGGCCCAUUCAAAAACUCAACGGACGUAUAGUGAGGACCACGAUUCGGUCCAAGUACAUCUUGUCAGCUGCUGCCUGCUGUGUUCACCUUAGGCUCAUGUCUCUACUGUGUUUGGUCUUCUAUGUCUUCACCAUCCAGUAUUAACAGUAUUAAAUGGGGGCGAAAUGUAUUGUUAGUCCUCACAUGUAGCUUGCUAAUGCAUUAAGUUUGCGUGUGAACAUUUAUUUCAUCAUCUUGUUUGUUAAACUUUCUGUGGGAAUCAAAGUCUCUGGAGGACGAUUAGCUCUCGUAGUUGGCAAGUCAAAUGGGCUAAUAACCAUGGAUACAUAGCAUGGUGACACCGCCAUAAAAUUAUGUCGCUUGCGUGAGGGAGAUAACGAUGUAUCAAAAAUUAAACAAAUACCAACCUAAUGUUCCCAAUACAUAUGCAAUAUUACAUUGAUAUCUUGUUUAUAGAAACAUGUAUAUCAUCCCCAGUAGAAGGUCAUGAAUCAGGGAUGAGUAAAGGUAUACAUGGCCUUGAAAGGGCAUUACAUUUUAGGGCGUGAUGUUCCAUUCUUAUUAGUGUGAGUGGGCUUCCGGGCUUACCAUAAUUAAUAUAAGGGAAAAGAGGCUGGGUCGCUAACUAGCUUCACUGACACUUCGCUACAGUUGAAAGGUUGGUUGGUCAAUGUUUCCAUGCAUAUUACUGCAUCGUUCAAUUUUUACAUUAUUUUUUGGUAUCAUUCCGCAUCUGUCCAAUAGGCUAUUUUCACAUUAUUUGUUGGAAUAGUUCCGCAUCAAUCCAUUUUCAUAUUUGUUGGUAUCAUUACGCAUCAAUCCAUUUUUAAAUAUUUUUUUUUCUUUUUUUUUUUGGUAUCGUUCCGAAUCAAUCCAUUGAGCUAUUUCACAUUAUUUGUUAUCAUUCUGCAUCAAUCCAUCGAGCUAUGUUCACAAUAUUUCAAGCUAUUUUCACAUUAUUUGUUGGUAUCAUAAUCCGAAUUGUUCCAUCAAGCUAUUUUCACAUUUUUGUUGCCGUAAUAAAAAAAAAAGAAGUGGUAAUACCCCAUUCAAUUGUAAAUCAAAGUAAAUGUAAAUAAGAUUUUAGUUGGUAUUUGUAAGGAAUGUUUGUAAAUAGUGUGGUAAUAAUCAAGUCCACAACUUGACAAUACAAUAGCACAUUUUUCUAUAGUUCUGAGUGAAGUGGGUCCAAUACAUAGAAUCCAUUUAUCGGAAGCCAAAAUAAACUCUACAAUAUACUGGAGCGAGACCAUUUGUUAUGAAGGCCUCAACACUGACCUGUGACGUCAAAAACUGUGGCGACCUAAAGCUCGUUGACACGUUGUACAGACCUGUACAAGCCUUCUUUGAUGAUUGGUCUAUCUGGAGUAACUGAUUGUUUGUGUAGAUUUUUAUUUUAGUGAAUAAUGUUUCAUAUGUUUGUCUGAUGUAGGAUCUUUGUGAAGCACUGGUCUUGACCAGCAAUACGUGUACAUUUGCCAAUACACACAUUCUGGUGAACUAUAUAAGUGAAUAGUAAGUAAAAGUUUCUCUUAGGUCAGGUUAAUCCAGAUGGUUAGUUUAAAAUGAGCUGAAAAAUACCUUGUGGACCGGUACAUUUUUUU